AUACAAAGAAUCUGUCUAGUUUACUAGCUUCAGCUUCUUCUUGUUCUUCUGCAACCAUGGAAGUGGCCAACAAGCAUGUGACCCUGAAGACCCACAUAGAGGGUGCACCCAAAGAAUCUGAUUUUGAGCUCAAAACCUCACCUUUGGCUCUAUCACUCGACCCUGGCUCAGGCGAGAUGAUAGUGAAGAACCUGUAUGUGUCCAUCGAUCCACAUCAGUUGAAUCAGAUGAAAAGUUGCAGCUUGUUGCAGAAAACCAGUACCGGUUUCGAUGGAAUUGCACUUGGUGAGGAAAUUGAGGCAUAUGGUGUGGCAAAAGUUGUGGCUUCAGACAAUGUUGAUUUUGAGAAGGGUGAUGUGGUUAUGGGAGUUGUUACUUGGGCAGAGUAUAGUAAGAUAAGAAGAAAUGGGAUGAUCAGGAAGCUUGAUCCAUUGGGGUUCCCUUUGUCAUACCAUCUUGGAAUACUGGGAUACAGUGGACUUACAGCCUAUGCCGGGUUCUUCGAGAUAUGCAAGCCGAAGCGAGGUGAGAAGGUGUUUGUAUCGACAGCAGCGGGGUCAGUCGGGAACUUGGUCGGACAGUACGCGAAGUUGCACGGGUGCUAUGUCGUUGGUUGCGCUGGAAGCAAACGAAAGGUACAACUGCUCAAGGAAAAACUAGGUUUUGAUGAGGCCUUCAACUACAAGGAGGAAACGGAUUUGAACUCAACUCUCAAAAGAUAUUUUCCUGACGGCAUCGAUAUAUACUUUGACAAUGUGGGUGCUGAAAUGCAAGAAGCCGCGGUCGCUAACAUGAAUACCUUUGGCAGAGUUGCCGUGUCCGGAGUAAUAUCCGAGUAUGCAGAUCCAGGGAAAAGAGCCGCCCCCAACAUGUUACAGGUCAUAUUCAAGAGAAUAAAGAUCCACGGGUUUUUAGCUGCCGAUCACGUUGGUCUUUUCCAGGAUUUCAUCUCUACCACCAGCCACCAUCUCCGCAAUGGUGAGUUGUGCCCGCUUGAGGACAUCUCGGAUAGCCUGGACAGCAUUCCCUUUGCUUUCACAGGGCUGUUUCGCGGUGACAACAUCGGAAAGAAAAUUGUUAAGAUUGCAUAAGAAUGAGAGUUUGCUAAUGGAGUUAUAACUUAGCCAUAUUCAAUGCCUCAAUAUCGGAUUCCUUCGAGUUUACUAUGGGGUGUUGUCAUCUCUAUUCAUAUUAUUUUUGUGAGCUAUAUAAGUGAUCAUUUUUA